CACACCACCAUUAUAUCAUUAUAUGCAUUGAAUACUCUGUCAGUCAUCCUUUUGAUAUUUGAAUACUCUGUUUCAUCCUUCAAAGAAGAAUAUAAAAAUGAAGUAACGUGCAAAGCCAGCUAUGCACUGCACUGCUUACAAUUAUUUUAUGUUACCACGUGAUGCCAACAUCUCUUUGCUGUGUGCCUAUUGCAAAAUACCUUGCAAGCAUCAUUGCAAUAUUGCUCUCUCUUCCUUACAUUCUAAUCAUUCACUGAUUAAUUUGCUGUUGUGAUCUGUAUCAUAUCAUGGCUGAAGCACUUGUUGUUGGAGCUUUAGUUUCUGGCUUCGCCAAUGUUGUUCUUGACAGGCUCAUUUCACCUGAGUUUGUCAACUUGGUGGUGGGCAAGAAGCUGGACCGGAAGCUGGUUGAGAGGCUCAAGACUGCUAUCUUGGCUGCCAAAGCUCUCGCUGCUGAUGCUGAGCAGAAGCAGUUUGGAAACGAACUCGUGAGGGAGUGGCUUGAUAGUUUCAAGGAUGCUCUCUACACUGCUGAUGACUUGCUGGACCGUCUCUUUAUCAAAGCUGAAAUUCGCAGUAAGGCACGCAUUCGUCUUCCUCACUUCCUUGAUUUGCCUCAUAGGAAGUCUAAUAGGGAGAUGAUGACUAAGAUAGAAGAGGUGGUUGAAAGAAUAGUAGAUCUUGAGACUCGCAAAGAUACCCUUGGUCUCAAAGAGAUUCCAACGGCUAGCUCCUCAUGGAGACCUCCAACCACUUCUCUUGUCAAAGGGAAUGUGUUCGGCAGGGAUGCUGACCAACAGGCACUAAUCAAGAUGCUCAAUGACAACAAUCAUCAUAACUUGUCUGUCAUCUCUAUUAUUGGUAUGGGAGGGGUUGGUAAAACUACUUUAGCACAAUGCCUGUACAACAAUAAGGAUUUGAUGCACGGGGUUGAUCUGAAAGCAUGGAUUUGUGUUUCUGAAAAUUUUGAUGUUGUUGACACUACAAAGAAUGUUAUAAAGGGGAUCUCUUCAGGUGUUUGUAGUCUUGACGGCUUUGAUUUACUUCAACAACAUUUAAAGGAAAAACUGUCAGAAAAGAAGUUCUUCAUUGUUUUGGAUGAUGUUUGGAAUGAAGAUGCUGACAAGUGGAAUAGUUUUAUCACCCCUUUUCAACAUGGGAGAAAGGGAAGCACUAUUCUUCUAACUACCCGCAAGGUAAAUGUUGGUCCAAUAGUUCACUAUAACUCUUAUGCUCUCAUGGGACUGUCAGAUGAUUAUUGUUGGUCUAUUUUUACGGAUAAUGCAUCCUUUCCUGAGUCAAAUGGGAGCUCGGAACUGGAAAGAAUAGGUAAAAAGAUUGUCAAGAGGUGUGAUGGCUUACCGUUAGCUGCAGAAACACUUGGACGCUUGUUGCGCUCAGAGCAUCGUGUUGAAGAAUGGAAUAAAAUACUAUUGAGUGACAUCUGGGAAUUUCGUCUGGCAAAUUGUAAGAUUGUUCCUGCAUUGUUAUUAAGUUACCAUCAUCUGCCUACUCAUUUAAAACGUUGCUUUGUUUAUUGUUCAUUGUAUCCCAAAGAUCAUAAACUUGAUAAAGAUGAAUUAAUCUUGUUGUGGAUGGCUGAAAACCUUUUACAACCACCAAGGAGGGGACAGACAUUAGAAGAAGUUGGUUGCGAGUGUUUUAAUGACUUGGUUUCAAGACUAUUCUUCAAGCAGGUCGAGAAUGAUGAUGAGAAGUAUUUUGUGAUGCAUGAUCUCAUGCAUGACUUGGCAAUUUUUCUUGCUGGAAAAUUUUGUUGUAGACUAUCUGAAGAACUUGGUGAAAAGGAAGAGAUGAGUAUUUUAACUCGUCAUUUGUCAUGCGAUAAUUCAAUCCCUAAGAAAACAUGCUCCUCUAGUAAAAUAAAAUCUUUGAGGACAUUAUUAUGUAUCAAUCAUGGACGUUUAUUUAGGGAAGAAGGCGCAAUGUUACCGUGUGACAUAUUGUCAAAGAAUAAAUACCUGAGAGUUUUAUCCCUUGAUAUACCUAAUGUAUUUCCUGAUUCAAUAGGUAAACUGAUCCAACUGCGCUAUUUGGAUCUUUCUUGGAGUGAUAUUGAGGUAUUGCCUCAGUCGUUAUGCAACUUUUGCAAUCUACAAACUUUAAAGUUAGUAGGUUGUUCAAAGCUGACUAUGCUGCCCAAUGGCAUGUAUAAUCUUGUGAAUUUGCGGCAUCUUGAUAUAAGGGGUACUCAUUUGAAAGAAAUGCCAAAAGGAAUGGGCAAAUUAAAACAGUUGCACAUUUUAAGUUACUACAUCGUAGGCAAGUCUGAAGACAAUGGAAUCCAAGAGCUAGGAGGGCUUUUAAAUCUUCGUGCAUCACUUCAGAUUUGGAAAUUGGAGAAUGUGGUUGAUGCCAAUCAGGCAAGGAAUGCAAGGAUAAUAGAUAAGAAGCACAUUGAGUACUUAAUACUGAAAUGGUCUUCAGGUGAUGAUAUGGUUUCAAACACACAUACUGAUGGACAAGAUAUUCUCCACGCCUUGCAACCGCACCAUGUCUUGAAAAAGUGUUGAGAAUCAAGGGAUACAAAGGUAAAAUGUUUCCAGAUUGGUUGGGGCGUUGUUCCUACAGCAAUAUGACACAGGUAUCUCUAGAGUAUUGCAGGAAUUGCUACAUGCUGCCUUCACUUGGACAGCUGCCAUCUCUUAAGUCCCUAAGCAUUCAAGGUUUUCGU